CAGGCCUGGCUGGGGGUGUGGCCGAACCGUUUCCACCAAUCAGCGACCGCGUGCUGCUUUCCUCGUGCGGCAAGAUGGCGUUGAGAGAGCUCUCUUCGUUGGAGAAAUUUCUGGGAUUGAAAAAGCUGAAUAAAUACAGUACGCAAGGACAAAGAAAGGUCCCUGUUCUCCAGAACAACAGUGGUCCAUCUUUGGUUGGUUUGGCCACCAUCAGCUCCCACCUGGUACAUGAGGCUAAAAGAAAAGAGCUGCUGGGAGAUUCAGCUGAGCAGAGAGCUGUUGUCCAGCAGUGGCUGGAGUAUCGAUUGACUCGACUUGAUAACUGCUCUAAAGAUGAGAUCAAGAUUAUACUCAAGGAACUUAAUCAGUACCUGGUGGAUAAAGUGUAUCUGGCUGGAAACUGGAUCACUCUGGCAGAUGUGCUGAUGUACUAUGGCAUCCACCACAUCAUUAUGGAGCUUGCAGUACAGCAGAAAGAAAAGUACUUGAACGUGACCCGAUGGUUUGAUCACAUCCAACACUAUCCAGGAGUGCGUCAUCACCUGCCGCCUGUGGUAGUUCUGAGGAACAGAGUUUACCCGAGCGGUCACCACUGACCUCUUUCUGUUGGCCUUUUCCUAAUGGGCUAUUCAGUUUUCUCCUGCUCGUCAUCAUUUUCUCUCUGAGCUGCAGUAAUAGUAGUUGUGUGGGCAGUGUACAGUGCUUAGCCUGGCAUGCUGAGUUUGUGCUCUGGGGCAGAGGGCAGGCUACCAGCUGCAGCAGGCAAACCAGUGCCAAUGCUGCUUCCUCUCCUCAGCAUCUCCACAGCCAGUUGCCGAGAGCGACUGCACGUUAUUUCAUCAUUUCACCCACAGUCUCCCACCCUGAGCUGGAAAAUCCUAUCAUGGCACAGAAGUGGGCUUUCAGCUCGAUCCAAAUGAUUACCAGCCGAAACACUAACAAUAUCACAGAUUUGAGCAUUUCAGAAUUGUAUAUUGUUAUUUUUUUAUUGUAAUAAGGUGUUUGUUUAAGGAACUGUCACGCAUGUCCUCUGUAAAUGAAAAAAAUGGUAAUUGGGGGGGUUUAGAGAUAAGAUUGCUUGUUUGUGCCACAUUUCUGAAAAAUGUUUCUUGCUUUUUUUUUUUUUUUUUUUUUUUUUAAGUUAGUAUGCACAAAGAGCAGAGUUCAUUUCUGCUCUGUGUGCAUAUACUUUGUCUUGUGCCAAUAAAGAAAAGAGAAAUCAAAAUUUUCAUGUCUUCUAUAAAUGCUCCUGUCAUUGAUAUACCCUCUUUUAUGGCAUUUCAGGGAAAAAAAAAAAAAAAAAAAACAGUGGAACAAAGUGGCAUGUGUUUGUAAGACAUACAAACUGGGGAAAGAACACAAAUAACACAAAUCUAGCAGUCAUCAGGACAGGCCUUGUGACUACAUAAUAAAUAUCUCCACAGUGGAGUGUUUGUUUCCCUGCUUAUUUCUGUCCCAUCAUAUUUAAUUGUCUGGGUAAUCUAAGAGAAGCUUUGCAAUGAUUUGAAGUGUCAGAGGAAAGCACCAUUUAUAUUUAACUGACCUUGCAAACAGUGAAUUUUAAAUUAAUAAAUAUUCAAGCAAUAAAAACAUGUUUUGUCCAAACUUUUUAUCCAUGUACUAGCAGAGAAAUCCAAGAAUUAAUGUCUUGAAGUCUGAAGGUUCAUACAAAAAAUAAAUAAAUAAAAGCAUUUCA